GAAAGGGGCGGCAGGCGCCAUGUCCGGCCGGGAAGGUGGCAAGAAGAAGCCCCUGAAACAGCCCAAGAAGCAGGCCAAGGAGAUGGACGAGGAAGACAAGGCUUUCAAGCAGAAACAAAAAGAAGAGCAGAAGAAACUCGAAGAGCUAAAAGCAAAGGCCGCGGGGAAGGGGCCCCUGGCCACAGGUGGAAUUAAGAAAUCUGGCAAAAAGUAAGCUGUUCCUUGUCCUUGAGGAGAUGGUGACCCUUUAUUUCAUCCGUAUUUAAACAUCUGUAUUCCCUGCCAUAGCAUCCUUUGCCACCUAUAGCUGGAAUUAAAUGUUGUCUUGGAGCUGUUGUACAUUUAAGAAUAAACUUUUGUAUUUAAAAAAAAAAAAAAAAAAAG